CUGUGGACGGAGGGCAGGAAGAGUGCGCGCGUGUGUGAUCGCAAGAGGCGCAUUGAUCAAUCCCGGAGCACAGACACAGCACAAGGUCCAACAUGACCCGUUUCUAAUGCUGGGGCACGGUCAUAAUCAAGCCCACUCUCACCCCAGAACACAGAUCGUGCAGCAGCAACCCCGCCCGAACCCGGAGAUCGGGUUGGAUUCAGGAGGCGCACCGAAGGUCGGCGGAUUGAAAACAGCAGGGCGGCUGAAAUCGGGUGCACGCGCGUUUUAGAAGAGAGAGAAAGAGAGAGAGGGAGGGACUGCCCGUGCAUUUGGAGCCAUGAGAGAAUACAAAGUGGUCGUUUUGGGAUCCGGCGGCGUGGGAAAAUCGGCUUUGACCGUGCAGUUCGUCACCGGAUCGUUUAUCGAGAAGUACGAUCCGACGAUAGAGGAUUUCUACCGCAAGGAGAUUGAGGUGGACUCGUCGCCCUCGGUGCUGGAGAUCCUGGACACGGCGGGGACCGAGCAGUUCGCCUCCAUGCGCGAUCUGUACAUCAAGAACGGGCAGGGCUUUAUACUUGUUUACAGUCUGGUCAACCAGCAGAGCUUCCAAGACAUCAAACCCAUGCGGGAUCAGAUCAUCCGCGUCAAACGGUACGAGAGAGUGCCCAUGAUCUUGGUGGGGAAUAAGGUGGAUCUGGAGGGAGAGAGGGAAGUCUCUUCCGGGGAAGGCAAAGCCCUGGCGGACGAGUGGAACUGCCCGUUUAUGGAAACUUCAGCCAAAAAUAAAGGCUCGGUCGACGAACUGUUCGCAGAGAUUGUCAGACAAAUGAACUAUGCCUCGGCGCCAAACGGAGACGACCAGUGCUGCUCGUCUUGUGUUAUUCUUUAAAAAGAAAUGCAUUUGUUAUUAUUAUUAUUAUUCUCGUUUGCCAUGGUGAGUGAGCCACACUUAAAUAAUGACUCCGUAAGACAAAAAGAAAACUAUAAAGUUUGCUCGAGGACAAAAACAUACACAUCGCUUAUUUCUGGUGUUAACUGUCAUCACAGUAUUCCUAUAAAGUGUCCUACCAUGUCUUGCACAUGACAAGAAUAUUGAAACCAGUGUUUACAUGACAGAAUACUUGAAUGUUCUGGGAUCUAGACAAACCAACACUUUAAAAUCACGGGCACUUGAGUUCCCCCCCCCCAUCAUCAGACAUUGUUGCCAGGUGCCUAGCUGUGUGGUAUUGUCGUUUGCAACACAAACGAUCAGUAGUAAAUCAUGUUGUUGUUUUUUUGUUUUUUGUCGAGGUAUGUUGCAGGACUUCUGUUCUUUUGAGCUACAUGUCUCCCCCUGGCCAUGGCUUUUUUUUUUUUUUUUUUUGGAGUUCCUCAAGGAGACCCCCUGGAAUAGUGGAUGACUCUUCAGGAAUUACGCUCGAGUUGGAGUAUCUCUUCAAGCACACUGAAUGCACACCAUUGAUGGCUGAUAGUCGCCCGUUUCGGCUUGCACUCAUAACUGGAACUUAAACCCCAAGACGUGAUAAAACUGAGACACGGACGUUUCUAAAGCGGAGGAGUUUAACAGAAAAAAAAAAAAAAUUGCUAUAUUUUACAUGCUGCACAUUAUUUGGGUUGAAGGAGCGCGUGGACUUGGCAACCCGCGUUGUGACUCGUUCAAAGUAUUUUUUAGUUUGCCGGCGGAUGACGUCACAAUUGAAAACCACUUUCACGUGCCACUUUCCCCCCCUUCUCCUUUAGCGUGCGCGAGGACUUUAUUGUUGUGACGUGACGACGUCGGACCUUACGUCACCGCGUCCAGUGCCUUCCAAAAAGCUGUUCACGAGUUUAGUGCCAACCUGCAAGGGUCUGCAAGGAGUCUCAGUUCAUGGCAAUCCACAAAGUACUUAACUGUUACACUUUGCUAAUUGUUUUGGGGGUUAACAACAUUUUAAAAGGCCUAUUGUCAACGGAAUGUGUUUUUUUUCUUUUUUUUUUUUUUUUUCUGUUUUUUUCAGCCUUUUGAGUAAAACAUCUUUUUGGCUCUUUUCUCGAAACUGGUCUAGGUUCGGUCAGAUAUAGUUUGAAACACAGGUACUCAAGCCCCCAGACUCAAAACCACAAACCACUGUCUCUCAUGACCAGUUAAAUCAGGUCUUUUGUUAUUUUGUUAUUAACAAAUGUGAUGUACCAUUGAAAUUCUAAUCGAUUGUACGUUUAAUUUCAGACUGGCAUUUUAACAGCUGUCUGAUUGUUUUAAAAGAAAGACUUUUAAUACAAAUUGCAUUUUUUUUAAAUCA